UCUUCACUCCUUCUGUAACAGAUCGCCGGUUAUCUUUCAUCGCUAUUGCUCUCCGGUGCCGGAGAUUCUCUUCAUUUGUUAACAGUGGCCGCCGGAGUGACCGGACUGAUCGAUAUAUCGGCAGAAUCUACUUCAUUCCGUCAUGGACGCAGCUUCUCAGCUCGUCUGCUGCGGAAUCGAUCCUCUUCAUCGUUCUCUAUCUUCCCGUCGCAAUUUCCUUUCGUCGACUCGUAUCUAUCAGUCUCCUGACAACCUCAAUCGAAGUGGAAGACGGAAGAACGUCACAAGAGCCGUCGCAACUGAACCGAAACCAGUCGAGGCAGCUCCGAAAGUAGUGAAUGGAUCUGCAAGGCCGGAUGUAAAUGGAGUUUCAACGAGAAUGAAAGACGUUUCUAAGGAAAUUCAGAGAGUUAGAGCACAGAUGGAAGAAGAUGAGCAAUUGGCAUCGCUUAUGAGGGGUCUUAGAGGUCAAAAUAUUCAAGAUAGCCAGUUUGCGGAUGAGAAUAUUCAGCUUCGUCUUGUUGAGGUUAAUGAAUCUAGUGAGUCUUUGCCUUCGGUAUAUGAUCCUGCUAGCAUCUCUGCAUACUGGGGUAAACGGCCACGUGUUGUUGCAACUCGGAUAGUGCAGUUGCUAUCUGUUGCUGGAGGCUUCCUUUCUAGUAUUAUCUUCGAUGUGAUAAAUAAGAAGGUCAAAGAGAAUGAAGUUGCUCGGGCAAUUGAAUUAAGAGAUAUAGUAACAUCUUUGGGACCUGCUUACAUAAAGCUUGGGCAAGCAUUAAGCAUUCGACCAGAUAUACUGUCACCUGUUGCUAUGACUGAGUUGCAGAAGCUUUGUGAUAAGGUCCCAUCAUUUCCAGAUGAUAUUGCUAUGGCUCUUUUAGAGGAGGAGCUGGGUGAACCGUGGUCUAACAUCUACUCUGAAUUGAGUCCUUCUCCAAUUGCAGCUGCUUCUCUUGGACAAGUUUACAAAGGACGGUUAAAAGAAAAUGGAGAUUUGGUUGCUGUUAAAGUGCAGAGACCAUUUGUUCUUGAGACAGUCACAAUUGAUUUAUUUGUCAUACGGAAUUUAGGAUUAUUCCUUCGGAAGUUUCCUCAGGUCUCUAUUGAUGUGGUUGGGUUGGUCGAUGAAUGGGCUGCCCGUUUUUUCGAGGAGCUGGAUUAUGUGAAUGAGGGUGAAAAUGGCAUGAUUUUUGCUGAAAUGAUGAAAAAGGACCUUCCACAGGUUGUUGUUCCAAAAACCUACAGAAAGUAUACAUCAAGAAAAGUUCUUACCACUCAGUGGAUAGAUGGGGAAAAGCUUUCUCAAAGUACAGCCAGUGAUGUUGGAGAUCUGGUCAAUGUUGGAGUCAUAUGCUAUUUAAAGCAGUUGCUUGAUACUGGUUUUUUCCAUGCUGAUCCUCAUCCUGGCAAUUUAAUCCGUACACCGGAUGGAAAGCUGGCUAUACUUGAUUUUGGUCUCGUCACUAAAUUGAAAGAUGAUCAGAAAUAUGGGAUGAUUGAAGCUAUUUCACAUCUCAUUCAUCGAGAUUAUGAUGCCAUUGUCAAAGAUUUUGUGAAACUUGAAUUCAUUCCAGAGGGCGUAAAUUUAGAGCCUAUCUUGCCUGUCUUAGCCAAGGUUUUUGACCAAGCACUUGCGGGCGGGGGAGCUAAAAGUAUCAACUUUCAAGAGCUGGCAUCAGACUUGGCUCAAAUAACGUUUGAUUAUCCAUUCAGGAUACCUCCUUAUUUUGCUCUUAUAAUAAGAGCAAUAGGCGUGCUAGAGGGCAUAGCUUUAGUGGGAAAUCCUGAAUUUGCAAUUGUAGAUGAAGCAUAUCCUUAUAUUGCACAGAGACUGCUGACAGAUGAAUCACCUCGUCUAAGAACUGCUCUUCGGUACACAAUAUAUGGGAAAUCUGGCGUUUUUGAUGCUGAAAGAUUCAUAGAUGUGAUGCAAGCCUUUGAGAGUUUCAUAAGUGCAGCCAAAAGUGGAGGAGGGGAGAGUCUCAAUGGGGAUAUGGCUGAACUUGGCCUUCUGCAAAGACAAGGGAACACUGCUUUACCUGGAUUUUCUUUGAUCACAACCGAUCUGCAGAAACCAGUCCAAACUAGAGCUGCACUAGCGUUUAUACUAUCGGAGAAGGGAAACUUCUUUAGAGAAUUCCUCUUGGACGAGAUUGUGAAGGGCAUUGAUGCUGUGGCAAGAGAACAGUUGAUUCAAAUAAUGGCAGUCCUAGGGUUCGGGAAUGGUAUCCCCCGGGUUUUCAGUAUGAUUCCUACUUUUGGACCAGUUAAACCUGUGGCUCUUUUACCCACCAUAACACAAGAAGACAGAAUCAUAUUGAACAAUGUUCAAAAGAUCAUUGAAUUCCUGACUGCUGGGAGUUCUGCUUCAUGGUCACCUAACAAGGGCCCUACAAAUGUGGCUCAGGUGGUACAGGAACUUUUGCCUAUAUUACCCGGUUUGACUGUCAAUGUGCUGCCUGAAAUUAUGGGGCGAUUGAGUUCCCGGAUAAUGGCUCGAUUGGUUCGCGAUGCUUUCUUGUAGAUCAAGCAGCAUAAUUGUGUAUACAUAUGUAAGUAAAGCUAAUCUUCUUUACUUUUAAGGAGAAAUUAAGCAAUUAAUUAUAGUUACUUGUAUACCUCAUUUUUUAUUAUUAAAUCUGCCUCACCUUAUUCUAGAUUUAUUGACAAUUUUCUUUGUACAAUAAUUAAAUAGCCAUUUCGGCUGUUGGAGCAGCUAUGUAAACUAUCAAUGAGAAAGAAAUGUUAAAAAUAAUUAAUUUC